AUGGACCGGACUCUCGCGACCCUGCUCCGCUCCCUGCAAACCUCUGAGCACCCGACAGAGGCUUCAAGGUUGUUACCAACCGUGACGAGCCUUUUGACGAAGCUUUCGAACCCACUGAACGUUACUCUACUUGUAUCGCACGUACUGUCAAACGAUGCACUAUACCCGCGGCCUAUUGAUCUGGCACAUGCACGGCAGAUCUUCAGUGUAUUCUAUACCGCGGCCUUGAGAUUUCUCGAAGACAAGCAACAACCUCCCAAAGCUCUCGGUCAUCCAUCUCAGCUGCCAUCACAGAGUGAUUUAUCAGUCACUGAGUGGCUGACGGCUGUGGUGAAAGGUGCAGACGAUUCGUCUCCGAGAUGGAGACACACCUUGCUAUUAGGAGGACUUUUGCUCGCAUUUCAGUCAAAAGAGUUCGAGCACAUAUCCAAUAGCCUACGCAACACGCUGGAAGGCGCAUUGAUUACAGCAUCAAACUUGGCCUUGGUCCAGAAAGAAACGGAACCGAACUGUGAAAUAGUGGUGGUGUUUGUCCUAAACCAUACGUUUCCCCUGUUAUCCAGUAUGCAUCAGGCUCAAAUCCACUAUGAUCUUCUUCUCCCAGUCCUGGUAGAUGCCACCUUCUUCUCGCGGGAAGGACUUGAGUAUGGCUAUUGGCUUGGAACAGUGGACAAUGAUGUCGUCCAGUCGUCAAAGCAGACGUUUAAUUGGCCCAUAAACUCGAAAUCUUUCCAAAAAAUCACCGAGAUUAAAGCACGACAACUAACGGCAGGUCUCGGACCACUAUCCCGACUUAUCGCCCAUGCUAUAGAAAAUGUCCAGGACCGAUUGCUGAUCAUAUACAGCACUAACAAGAUUGCCGAAUUCUCAAGAAAUCUAUUGACGUGCUGGAGACAGAACAAGUUAAGCGAGAUCGAUCCGAGAGAGGAGGCACAGUACCUAGAUCCGGAAGCGGCGAGCAGAUCGCUUCCCGUUCUGCUACACCUCCUUAGAGAUGCAAUGUUCGCCUCGGUAAUUACUCUUCGAUCGGUACUUGGCAGACUACUUUGCGACGGCAUUCUUGCUUCAAAUGCCAAUGCGCCCGCCCUGGCAAUGCAGACCUUACACAUUUUACGCGAUACGUACUUUAUAGCCCACAGGUUUGGGUUGACAUCAUCAUCCCAGUAUAUGUUUGUCAGCUUCACUGCUAUUGAUAUACUUGGUCGAUAUGCUGUUCAAACUGAGACGUUUCUCGAGGCCAUACGUCCGACUGAGGUGGGCCAAAUUCCCCUUCAUCCUCUUGAUCGACUACUUGAUCUCUUCUUCCUCAACACUGCCGAGCACUUUACGCUGGUUAUUUCUCCAUCCAUGAACCAGAAUCUGCUCUUCAAUUCUGCAGCUCCUUAUAUCAACCCGCAAGGGGAUCCACGGCUGGGGGAAAUCUACGAGGCGGCACACAGUGUCAUGUUGGCGAUUCUCGCAGCACCACAAAAUACACAAGUAGCUGUCAACAGCGUUCCGCUCUAUGUUGAAACGCUACUGCAAAGCUUUCCCGGACCCUUGACAGCUCGCCAGUUCCGCUUAGCAAUCAAGUCUGUUAUCCGGAUUGCGUCACCGCCAUCUCCAGUCGCAGUGGCAAUGCCACUCAUGCAAGCCAUUGUUCUUGAUAUGCUGAGAGCCCGAGUGGAACAGGCGCCGGAGGAUGUUUUACCGGCGAACCCUGAUAUUCCUAUAGAAAUGAGCGAACCAUUGUCCGAGAAAAGUGUUUGUCUUCUUUCGAUCAUUGAUUGCUUGAGCCUCAUUCCAGUGCCCUUAUUGGAAGAAUGGCUGCCCUUAACGGCAGAUCUCUUGCACAAAGUGCACAAUGGAGCGCAAAAACAAAAAUGCCAACAACGGUUAUGGGAGGCUCUUAGUAAUGGUGAGAUGGAUGUUGACCGCGCAGCUGCCUGCGUAGCGUGGUGGACAUCUAGAGGAGGCCGGGAACAUAUCGUGUUUGGAGCGCCCCCAGAAGAACAAGAAUAUACAAUGAGCGGUGCAUUGCCGUUGGAGGCUAAGCUCUGA